UUACAUUUUCAAAAUUUUGAAGUAGGUAAUUCUAUUCGUUGCUCAACAUUUAAUAAAUUAAUUCAGUGAUGGACAACAAUAAUGAAAAACAAAUCACAGUAACAGAGCCAACAGUUAUACCGAUCGAUCCAUCGAUUACACCCCCUACUGCACCGAAAAUUACAGUGGCUGAGCCAACAAUAACACCAAAUGUACAAAAUAUUACAUCAACCGAGCGAUCAAUUACACCAAAUGUACAAAAUAUUACAUCAGCCGAGCCAUCAAUUAAACCGUCCUGCACUCCAACAACUACAUCGAACAAACAAACAAUUAUAUCGACCAAGUCAGAGAUUACACCGACUGAAUCAAUAUCGGUCAAGCUAGCGGUUACACCAACUGAACCAACAAUUACACCGACUGAGUCCAAAAUUACAAUGGCUAGACCAAGAAAUAUUCCGGUCGAGUUAAUAAUUACAUCGCCUAGGCCAAGAAUAACAUUGACUGAGCCAAUAAAAACACCGAUCGAGAAGGUAUUAGUCAUAAAGGAUCAUAUUAUUCGGCCUAAUCAACCACUGUUUUAUGUGAAAAAUCCCAAAGGGUGGUUUAAUCAAUUUGAAUCAAAAAUAUUGGCCGCGGACUUGAUUGAAGACUUACCAGUGUAUUAUGACCUCUUAAAAGAAUUAAACAAUCAUGAUAUUUUAUGUUGUAUUCUGGACGUAUUUCAAAACAUGAGUAUGGUCAAUAAAUACAUGUAUUUUAGAAGCCAUUUGCUUAAAAAAAUAUCGGAACAAGAAAGGCUUAUAGAGCUCGUAAACGAUUUAAAAUUGGAAGAUAAAUAUCCGUCCGUUCUUUUAAAUGAAAUGAAACAAUUAACGGAUGAUAAGUUAUUAGAACAGAAUUUACAACGCUUGUGGUUACAAAAGUUACCACCGCAGGUACGAGAUAUACUAUUAUUAUCUUCCGAUUCUUUGAGUUCCAAAUCAUUGUUGGCGGACAACAUUAAGGAUCUACAUUAUUCUCCAGAAGCUCAAUUAUCAAAGGAAGCCGCUAAACAAUAUGAACAUGAACAUGGAUUGGCUAACUCAGCUGAUGAUCAUCAAACAGAAAAUGCACAACCUAUCAAUAACAAGAAUUCAAUCCAAAAAGAGAAAAAAAAGUCUUGUUUAAAUAGUUUUUGCAAAUGCAUCUAGAUUAAGAGUUGUUUGGUAUUGUUGCGGGUAAUUUUCCAUACAUGCAACUAUUAUGAACAAUCUUUUAUUUUUAAUCACAA